CGCAGGAUGAAAUUCACGCCGAGCUGCUCCAGAACUGUAAUAAUUUUCACCGUAAUACGCUUCCUAACAAUGGGGUGUCGCUCAUCUACUUCCCAAUCAGAUGUCGAACCGGGCGAAGGCACAGAACAGGAUGAAUUGCCAUCUGCUCUUGGUAACCGGGAUUCACUCUUGGAUGGCCGUCCGGGGCAACCACGCUACUUGCGUUUCUCACAGCACCGACGCAACCCGAACAACGUUCAAUCGAAUGAGUUCUACCGAAUCAGCAUGAAGGCGAUGCUAUCGCCAUGCGGCAAAGAUGCCAACGACGACAUCCAGGAGUCCAAUGAUUCACCGUCCACUGCAUAUCCUGCACUUCCUGCCGAUGGAAUGGAUGAAACCUGUCAGCAGAGAAUAAUGUCGGAAAUUUAUAUCGAAACCUUAUCUGUUGAUGACAAUCGAAUAUCGAAGAAAUAUGAUGCUCAUCAGAAUGCACCAACGCCAACGGCCCAUUGGGAUAGCUACGACGUGCAUUUUCAUUUCCUACUGGAUGAAUUGUUUCUGCCUGUUCGAGGUGUGUAUGUUGGCUUGAAGGAAACAUUCGUGAUUAAUGUGACUCUGGAGGUUCCUUACGGUUUAUAUGCACUGAAGAAGGUUGACGAGUUGAACUGCUACCAGUUAUCUGCCGCGGAAAACGAAUCACCAACGAGGGAACCUCCUCGAAAGAAGCCGAUCCAUCUCAGUUCGACCAAGACAACGACGACGACGACGAUGACGACGGAACCGAGCAAGCAACCGAAUACCAAUGAGCGUAUCGUUUUCGGCAAACAAAACUACCGCCAACCACCAACAGCAUCACCACCCACCAACGCCACGCCGGAGAACGCUGGCGACGCCGUCGAUAAGCAAGACGCUAAACGAAGAAAACUUGAGCGAAUAUUUUUCCAACGCCUGCACCAUCGUCAACAAUAUGGCGAAAAUCAAGUCUAUAAUGUCGACACGCGCCAGGAUCCCGCCGGUAGAUUAUUAUUGGUGUCAAAAGUUUCCAAUUUCACUGCUGCCGAUGCGUGGGAUCAUUCCGUUGUUGGACAAACAUUUCAUCAGCAAAUUGAUCCACUCCAGUACGGGGAUUUCCAACGAAACGGAUUAAUGAAUAGCCGUGCGAAGCACCCAACCGCAUCUGGUGGCUCCAGAAAUGGCGGCGGAAAAUUGCGUUCGACUAUCGGAAAACACACUGACGGGGAGUUACGAAGCCACCAUGAGCACCAAAGCAGUCUCCAAACAAUGGGUGGUCGGGAAAAUCCACUACUAGAAUGGAUGUUCCCAUCGAUACCGCCACUGCAUUCAUCGGUGACCCACCGCACGGGCGAAAACCACCACCGGCAAUAUUUUCUCGCUGACUAUGAAUUUCCAAAUUUUUACGACGAUCCAACCAAUUCUGGCAUCCACCACGAUUAUGCUGAAGUGAGUAAUAAAAAGAACCCAAAUGGCGCUGCAGAUAGCGAAGCACGGAGCCUGCUGAAUGGGAAAAAUGAUUCCACUGCACAGGACGGCCCGAUCCGUUCGAAACCUUUAUCGGGCUGGCAAAAACGGUCCUCCCAAAUGUGGAAACGUAAAGCUGUGCAACAGGAUGUAACAGGAACCGGGAACGAUUCAAUUGUUGUCGGAGGACGUGCCCAGUCGAGAAGGUACUCGUUCUACCGAAUAAUGCAACCACUCGUAGCAAUGGAGCCCUCUUCAGUCGUGAGCAUCGGCAAACAGCUGCCAGGCCAAACCGGGCUUGAAACGGCGGUCAUUGUUGAAUCGGUCAGAUUGACAGGCUCAUCGGAUAUGUAUGCCAAUAAAAUCAGUUCAAUUAGGUUCCAUGCCACACUUGACGCCUUCCCUCCCCCCACGAUAGUUCCCAGCACAGAACGUGUCCGAAAAAAGUUGGUUGAUGAAAGUUUCACCGUCCCUGACGAGGAUGACGGCAUCAGUGUCAAAGUCAAUCAUCGAUAUCCCAAAUCUGCCACUAGAACGUACGAUGGGAAAUUUAAUCACGGCAAUUGGAUGCUAAUUGAUUCGAGCGGAUCGGAGUUAUUGUUCUGGUCCGACUGGCAGUUGCCGAGGCAAUCAGCAGAACGACCUCCAUCGAAUGGGGCCAGUUUGUUUGAGCGAAACAAUCGCCCAGAAAAGUUCGAUAAGCUCCAAUGGCUACCGGUAAAGAUAACAAAUGAUCCUAGCACAGGCAAUGAAAAAGAGUUCCACUCGGAGCUUAAUGACGAUGAAUCGAGUCAACUGCAUAAACUGUUCGACAAUCAGAGUCGUUAUUUGAUUUGUCCAGAGCUUGGCACCAAAAAGGAAAUGCUAACAGUGGAAAGCGUUCGCCGGGAACAUGGGGGUGGCAAGCAAGCCGGAGUGAAGAGAUGCGAACAAGGCCUGUGCUUGAGAGUGCCGAUGGCCGUGCCUCUUGUAUAUAAAUAUGAAAUUGAGUUGCUGUACUCGUCGGACCGAAUCAUCCCACCGGAACCCGAUGUGCCAAUUUCAGUCGGUUACAGCGUUAAAAUUACUAAAGUUAUCGCAAACUUCCACGGCCCACUGGUAUCAUCGGCAUGGCCGGGCAGUUCUCCAAACCGAACCGAUCCGUUCGAGCUCAACCGACGACGUAUACGAAGGGCUCGCCAGGACGACGGCAAUCAAUUAAGGCUCGAGCUGGCGCUAGUAAAUUUAGGUCAACAUCGCGAAUUUGCUCAGGUCAAUAUUGAUCCCGCCUGUUUAGCGUCGUUAAGUGCGCUUACCGUGGGCUAUCCGAACCGGACCAAGAACAACGGACAACGUGUUUCACUCGGUUCGGGUCAACUUCAAACGGUAUGGAUGCUGUUCCCGAUUAGUGACACCGGAAUACUGGAGCACCGGGAACCAUUUGAAUGUCGAGCCACAGCAACCCGUGUCAAGGAAGCGAAAAAAUAUCCCAUCUUCGUGUCCCGACAUUCCAAGCAACCAUCAACACAACCUGAUGAUGUCAAGGUGGAGCGACAGUUUUUAAUUAAACCAGGAGCACGUUGUUUGUGUUCGGAUUUUUCCUGUGAGUGCAUUUGCCUGCUUGGGUCAGCACGUCCUUCGAAUUCGACAGGAAACAUCAUGAAUACCUACUGCAAUAUAAUUACCACCGACAACAUCACUGUAGCAACCGGCACUGACCGGAACCAGCAGCCAACGAGGAUGAGUAACUUUGGACAUGGAGUUUGGAUGUUGCUUCUGGUGCUGUUCGGAUUGCUGAUGAUUUUAGGAUGUUGUAAAGCAUUGCUCGGAUGCUGUUACGAAAGGAUCGACAAGUGGCACUACGAUUAUUUACAACCGACAAUUCAGUAUGGUAAUUCGUCCCGAUAUCGAAGAUUUCUGAUCAAUCUCAUUUUCUUCCUGGUGUUCCCGUGUGUGUUCUGUUGUCACUGUUUCGAGUACCCGAACAUCUCGGACGAGGACACCAGACUGCUGCUGCAGCAAGGACGGCUCAAGGGGACAAUGCUGUUGCAACAGGAAAUUAAAUCGGAAAUGUCUAGUGCAGAAACCACCGUCGAUGAAUUUGACGAUGAGUGGGAAACGGACGGCAGUCGACGGAGUGGAUUCCACAGAUCCUGGAACGGGGAGGAAACACCACUGAUGACAACGACUGAUGAAGAGUUAUUUAAACUGUUGCCUGUGGUUGAUGAUGAAUUCGGUGAUGGUUUCUCUGGAACCGAAACGGGUGCAGGCGAAAGGCUCCCGUACGACAACACGGAGGAUGAGGAAACCGAUGCCAAGUUCGUGCAGGAUGUGAUGACCAAGUGUCGGAAAUCUAUGCAAAAUACUACUCGUCGAAAAUCUUGAUAAUUUUGUGAUUGUGUAAUUUAUUCGCCCUUAAACUCAAACUGAUAUUUGAACAGACGACGGUUUUCAAAUCCGACAACAAAACUUCGAGCUGCUGCUUAUUGAACGUGAUAAUAUAGA